GAGCUGGUUUUACUUCUGUUGCAGAGUCGUUGUGCGUUUUUUUCCCCCUCCUCAGGCGGCUGCUCCAGUUUCCUUACUUGAGAGUUGUGCAAUAUCAGAACGGGGGAGGAAAAGGGGGGAGAAGGAAAAAAAGAGAUCCAGCUUCCUCUGCUGCUGCAGUUGUUGCCGCCUUCGUCGCUACGGUUCUCCACUUCGCCCCCCCUCCUGUUUCCCAAGCUGUGAUCUCAAAUCUGUGACUCAGAGACUUGCAAUCCUGACACCGCAAAGUGCGGUUGGCGGAGAAGAGAAGGCGACUAGCGCCGGGGCUUUCGCUUGGAGCAGGUACGCUGCAGGACUCUGCGCAGGAAGAAAACUGAGCGAGAGGGAGCGCGCAGCUGCAAGUCCUACUCGCCGACGCCAGCUGCCCCCUUCACCAAAACUUUCCGAUUUCUUUUCAAGUAGCCUUUAGAGCUCUCUUGGCGUUUGGUUAGUUGCCGGGGAUUUUUUCUUUUCUUUUUUUUUUUGGUGGGGAGGAGGAUUAAGACCUACGAGAGCACUGGAGAAAAAAGCGAUCGGGGACUAACCUUCCUUGCGUCUGGCUCAGUAGAAUACGGAGGGGUGAAACCAUUGGAUCGUGGCAUCCUUUUAAACUACAAACAGAUCCACCCCUUCCAACUCUGCAUGGAUUAGACUGAUGCAGGAGGAGAGCCUUUUGUUGGCUUCAUACUUUCUCCUUCCUAUUCUGCUCUUGCAUUUGCAAUGGGUUGGUUGCUGAUCUGACUUCCACACGUACUGAAUCAUGAGUCUUCAGGCUCAGCCCAAGUCUUCAAACAAAAGAGCUGGAAAGCGGGUUGCAUUUUUUAGCGAACAAGAUGCUCUUCUGAAAGAAGCCCACCAGCAGCAGCAGCAGCAGCAGCAGCUAAAAGAAGGACAGUAUUAUAGUCAUGGAGGGAAUGUGCCUCCUGCCCAGUCCAUGGAGCUGACCAAGGCCGGGGUUUUCAGUAGCAUUCCCAGCAAUGCUGCAUUGCUGAAUUCAAUGUAUCAGGACAGGGGUGAGGUAAGGAUGACACCCCAGCAGCUGGCUGCUGCCAAGUGGCAGAGUUCCCUAAUGGGAAACCGGUUGCCUGAGCGAAGUGAGGCAAAUUGGCAGCCUCAGCCCGGAGGAUGGAACCAUGGGAUGGUUUAUGGUGGCAACCAGAAAGGAGGACAUCCUAAUGCCAGCAUCCCAGAUUACUAUGGCCACCCGGAUGUCCUGAAAAGAAACAGGGAGAAAGGGGUGGUGGUAUCACAGCUGGACUUGUAUGGCGAUGCUGUCCAGCAGAUGAUAUCCCAAAAAGCCCAGUUGGAACAGCAAGCGUUGGUCAGGCAGCAGGCCCACAUGAGUUCUUUUCAGCAAAUGCAGCAGCAGCAGCAGCAGCAGCAGCAAAAUCAAAGCCUCUCUUUGCAACCUUUCCAGCUGGCCUUUGGUCAGCAGGGCCAGAAGCAGGGUCUUCCUGAGCUGUUGCACGUUCUUCAGCACGCUCCCACAUCUUCCAGCCCAGCUUUUACUGCCCAGCAGAAACAGCAGGCUCUUCCACGGUUGCAGCUGUUUGAAAACUAUUACUCACAGCAGCAACAGCACCACCACCACCACCAGCAGGCAGGAGUGCAGACCUUUGGCCUUCAGCCGUCGGUUUCUGUAGCACAGCCACAUCUGGGAGCACCUCCUCAGCCUGUUCAGCAUCAUAUGGUUUCCCAUCAGUUCCCCCCAGUUUCUGAGAGGAACCAGGAGCUGCUGAAGGCUCUGACGGAGCAGAACCCCCAGGCGGUGCUACCACAGGCACAGAUCAAUCUCCCAAGGAGAUCACGCAGGCUCUCUAAGGAAGGUGUCCCAUCAGUACCUUCUGGAGAAGGAACGUUGGCCUCUAAGGCAGCUGAGGACUACCCUGGGGGGAUUUUGCCACCUCAUCCCUGGCAGUCACAGCAGCACCCUGAAGUCCAGUUCCGACCUCAGUCUGAAAUGUUCAGUCACAAGGAAAGUUAUUCCCAACUAAGUAGGGCAGAACUGGAAUGUGGGAACAUGCCAUCGGGGAGUCAGCCGAGCCAGCCUGACAUGGAGAUGGUGGGCAUGUAUGAGAAUGCCCAAGAAGCAGAAAAACAGGUGGCUGCCACUGACAGCAUUGGUCCGAGAACGAAUGACUUUGGUGCAGUUAGAGGAGGAGUCAUCCAGAGCACCCGAAGGAGACGACGUAUUUCUCAAGAAGCCAACCUCUUAACUCUGGCUCAGAAAGCUGUGGAGCUGGCUUCUCUUCAGAAUGUCAGGGAACCUGAAAUGUCAGAAGAAAAAAACAAGAGUGAGGCAGCAGUUGCUGCACCAAGGAGCGUUGUAGAAUUUGCCAGCUCUUCUCCAGCCCCAAAGAGAGCCCGGGAGGAUAACAGCCACGUGCCUCUCAUUAUUCCUGUGUCUGUGCCAGUGAGGAAACUGGAUGCUCAAGAUAUUGCCAGGGAAAAGGGCGAGGAUGGGAAGCAGCAGCGGUUCCUGGCGAACGAUCAUGGCAUUUCAGACAGCAAGCCUUCUGUAAUUGUCACCCGGAGGAGGUCCAAUCGCAAUUUGAAUAUGGACAUGUCAGCUCAGCAUGAAGGCGCUGCUCCAAAAGAAGUGGAUGGUUUUGCACGGAAACCAAAGCAACGACCAAGACCAGAGCCUCUUUUCAUACCCCCCAAAGCUGGCACCUUCAUUGCCCCACCAGUCUACUCCAAUAUCACACCGUACCAGAGCCACUUGCGUUCGCCUGUCCGUCUGGCUGAUCACCCUUCUGACAGGAACUUUGAGCUACCUCCUUAUACUCCCCCGCCCAUUCUCAGCCCAGUACGGGAGGGCUCAGGACUAUAUUUCCAUGCUUUCCUUUCUGCCACUGGUAAUGCAGUUCCACCUCCGAUGACUCCAAAAGCUGCACACAGGACCCUGCUCAGAUCUAACAGUACAGAAGCCACCCCUCCAGUCCUCUCUGUAAUGGGAGAGUGCACUCCUGUCAGCAUUGAACCGCGGAUCAACGUGGGGCCUCGGUUUCAAGCAGAAAUCCCACCGCUUCGAGAUCGAUCUCUGGCAGUCUCUGAUGUUGCUAAGGAGCAGUUGGUGUGGCAGCCAUGGGAGGAACUGGAAACCAAUCCAGCUAUCCAAGAGAAUGUGGAGAACCUGGUAACAGCUGCUUGUUCAAGUAUAUUUCCUGGAGGUGGUACCAAUCAAGAGCUGGCAUUUCAUUGCUUACAUGAAGCGAAAGGAGACAUUGUGGCUGCUUUGACCAAAAUGCUGCUGAAGAAAUCAGUGCAUUCUCCAAGCCACCUGCUGGCAGAUUAUCACUACACAGGGUCAGACAGCUGGAGCGUAGCUGAGAAGAAACACUUCAAUAAGGGAAUUGCCAUCUAUAAGAAAGACUUCUUCCUUGUUCAGAAGCUUAUAAAAACCAAGACUGUGGCCCAAUGUGUGGAAUUCUACUAUACUUACAAAAAACAAGUCAAAAUAGGCCGGAAUGGGACUCUGAUCUUUGGAGAUGUUGAUACUACUAAUGAAAGAGCUGUUAAAGAUGAAGCUGAAGUAGAUAUAAAGAGUUCCCAUAGGCUUACACGUACUCUUCCUCCCAGAACAUAUAAUGAGGAUUAUGAAAACACUGAAGAUGAGGAUGUUGAAGAAGUUGAGGAAGAAUUGUCAAUUAAAGAGGAAGCCGUGGAAGGGGAUGAGUUGUAUGGCAAGAACAGCAAUUCAGCGCCUUCCAAAUCUACUCAUCUUCUAGAUGUUGAGGAUCAAGCUAGUCAUCUCCAGAUGGAAAGACGUCUGGAAUCUGGUGCUCCAGGAAGAACAGAAGCCAGAGGCAGAACUUCAAGAAGGACGAAGGAGACACCCAUUAAAUACCGGAAGACUUCGCCACCAGUGCAGAAGAGAAGGAGAAAACCAAAGCCUAAACAAGACACAGCCAACAAAACACAGAAUCAAGAGGAGGAAUUUCCAUGUAAAAAAUGCGGCAGGAUCUUCUACAAGGUGAAAAGUCGGAGCGCCCACAUGAAAAGCCACGCCGAGCAGGAGAAAAAGGCUGCCGCUCUGAAACUGCGCGAGAGGGAGGCGGCGGCCGCAGCUGCCACACACAGCAGGACUCAGCAGGAGGGGAGCAGCCGCAGCGGGAGCAGCAGCCACAGCAGCAGCUCAGAUGAAGACGGCGAGGCCUAGCAAAGGACCCCGGAGGCUGGCAGCCGGUCUGGCUGGGGCUCUGGCCCUCUGAGCUGGAGUUGUCCGGCCUCGCUUCCACCCGCUUUCCUUCUUGCUUGAACUGAACUGGUAGAUUUGUAAAGGGGAAAAAAAGUGACCAUGAAAACCUCUAUUUUUGAAAAAUCAAAACAUUUUAUGGAUUAUUUUAUUUAUAAUUAACUUUUGGUAUCUACUUAAUGAAUGGGAGUCUGUUUUCCUUCAGUUCCUGAACUUGCCAGGAAUCGUGGCAGUAAGCCUUAAGUAAGCAUGUUACCCACUGCUGAGAGAGAGAUUGGUUGCAGCAUCUGGAUAGUAACAGAAUUAUUUUGUGUGUAAUUUCAAGGAUCCAUAUAGUUUUCCUUCCUUCCUUCCUUCCUUCUUUUCUCCUCCUAGUUUUCUUUGUGGCUUGGAGCUGUUCACGUUUUCCUUUUGUCUUCUUCACACAACACUUUUUGUUUCUUCAGCUAGUAGAUAAUCCAGAAAUCUUUGAGUGCUGUGAGGACCCUCUCUAGGGUGAGUGGAGACUAUUGCUUUUAUGAUACAGCUCUUUGUGGAAAGCCUUACAGCCAGUAUUCGUUUGGAACCAUCCCUAUGAUGUUGAGUUUUUUAAAAGUCACAUAAGGUUGAUCAUCUGUUUCUCCAGAGUUGGCACAAGGAGUAGUGAUAAGUUCUGAAUACUGUAUCUCUGUAAUUCUGUGACGGAACAAAUAACUUCGUUUGCACAAAAACCCAUAUAUGAUUUUGGGUUAAUGGGAUUGAGGUAGAUCUCUGCCCAAGUUAUUAAAGAGUCACAGUUAAUGAGAUGAUGAGUUUUAUCUGUGGCAUUAUUCUGCUGGGGGAUAGCAUUUGUUCAAGGGGAGUCCAUUUGUAAUAACCAUUCUUAUCCCAAAUGUGAGCUUGUAGGUUGGAGAAUCCUCUGGAGCAGAUUUGAGGGGAGGGCAGGAAGACAACUGGAAGCCUAUUGUGAGUGAAAACACACUUGCAUAAAGUUUGAUUCUGUAGCCCAAUGGAUUAGAUUGACCAGUGGUCUGACAGUGGUCCGUAGGUAACAAAUGCUGUAGCGUUUAUGCGAGGAAGCUGGUACUCGAGUUCCACUGUGAAAGUGCAUUGUUCCUUAACUGAAUAGACUUGAGUGUGGUUUUGCUUAAUUGUCCAUUUUAAUGCUUCAACUAGCUUGUAUAAAAAGAACAGCUGCCAAAAAUACUUAAAAUUUUAGCAGUUCUGAUAUUCCUUUCAUUUUCUUAAAACAUGAUUUGCAAAGGCAGACAGAGUAUUCUCAAGAUAAUAGAAAUACAGGUAGUCCUUGACUUACGACCAUUCAUUUAGCGAUCGUUCAAAGUUAUGACAGGGCUGAAGAAAGUGACUUAUGACCAGUCCAUUUUCUUAUGACCGUCAGUGUCCCCGCAGUCAUGUGAUCAGAAUUCAGGCACAUGGCAGCCAGCAUGCAUUUAUGACCAUUGCAGCAUCCUGGGGUCAUGUGAUCGCCAUAUGCGACCUUCCUGGCCAGCUUUUGACUAGCAAAAUCAAUGGAGAAUCGCAUGAUUUGCUUAACGACUGCUACAAAAAAUGUAAAAUUGCUUGCAGUCAUUGAUGCCUCGCUUAACUACUGCACUGCUUAACAACUAAUAUUCUUGUCCCUGUUGUGGUCAUGAAUCGAGGACUUCCUGUAAGGAUCACUGGCUCACUUGUAUUUGUACUCUCAGGACUACCCAUUCUGCUGAGUUACUUGCCAACUAAGUGACAGUUUCAUUGAGAUGUUUGUACUGUAUCAGCCCCAGACAUCCGGAGUCAAGAAUACCAAAUGUGUGGAAAAAAGCAAAUGUAUUUAGAAAUGGUGCACUUAAUGCCAAAUUUACACAAGACUUCUGCAUAUGUGUUUCUGCGCUAAGCAGCAAGUAUUUUCAAUUUUCUUAAGUCAUAUGGACCGUUACCUUCACAUUGCAGUAGUAAGGAGCAACUGUCUGUCUAUCUGGCAGUACAAGGAGAAGGAGGGUGCGGCGGAGGGCACAAAAAGAAUUCUUAGCUAGAUACUGAUGGGAAAAGCUAAACUGCUUGCUUAUAAUUUUCAAAUUCUUAUUCUGCAGGAAAUAGGUUUAGUACUUAUUCAGCUAUUAGUUGUGAAGUCUUGAAAAAUAAGUCUUCUAAAACCACAGGGGUCAUGAAAGCAAAGAAUUGCAUUAAUAAUCUGCAGAAGAACCUUUAUUAAAUAAACCAUGCUGGGAUUGCUCCCCAGCAGGGUUUUAUUUCUAGAACCAGCUCAAGGCUCAAGCUUCUAGAAGUGUUCCUAGAAGUUUACUGAAAAGUUCGAACUUUAAAAUUUGACUCCCAGCCUUAGAGGAAGAUGGAAAGACUUUUGGAGAAAGGGCAAAUUAGAGUGAUUACAGUAAACCAUAGUUGGGUUACCCUGACAACUGGAUAGUUAUUAAUCCCACCAGCUGCUGGAUGUAUUCUGACUGCUGAGUUUCAUGACCAGAAUUUUUUAUGGUGCAACUUUUACUGUGUAAGAUUACCAGUACAGCUACAGGAUUAUACAUUCUUAAUACCUCUAUUCAUAGCACAAACAAAACCACUAUCAGGACAUGCAGAGAAUUUGCAUUUUCAGUGUUGAAAAUAGGCUCUAGCCUUCUCUUAACGUGCUGAGUUAGUUGCUUUUCAUGCAGAGGGACCUUGAAAUGAACCAUCCCUUGCUUGCAAUCUGAGGCAGAAACAAUCCCAGGGAUCAAUCAUGUGAACCUGCUGCUUGAAAAACAGAGCAGGGGUCUCUGCAUGCAUGAGGUUCCUGGUUGAGUUCAAGGUCCUCCAGUGGCAGAGCUAGGAUGCCAAUUGGCUGAGAAUUAGAAGGGAUGUUCGCAGUCUCUUCUUGCUGCUUAGUACCUAAUGAGCUAAAUGGACAAACUGUGUGAUUGAAUGCAUGGUAAUUUUUAAAAUGUUCAGGGUCUCGUAUUGCAAGAAAUUUGCCUUUAAAUCUUUUUCUCCCUAUAAUGUAACGGGCAAUUCCAGUCCACUUCUAAAGUGAGUUCUUAAAAACAGCCUUCAGUUAAAGGUAACUGCUUUCUUUUUAUCUGCUUCAGAGCUACAAUUAACCCUUCAAGAAUUUCUCUCUGUAUUUACACUAGUUUUGCACUGGGUCGAUGAUGUUGUCCUUCCAGAUCAUAAUUCUGCACAAAUCUUAGCAUUUUAUCCAUGAUGUGAAGAAACGAUGGCAAUGUAACCUGGCUUUGAUCGCAUCUUCAAAAACGACUUGUCUCGGUCACAUUUUCUUUGGCACUUAGCCGGUGUGAAUUGCAGCCCAAACAGGAAAAGAACCACGUUCAAAUAAUUCACUAGUGACCUUGAGAAAGGCAAUGUCUGCUUCCCCAACUGAUGCUCAGAAAGGAAGAGGACUGCUGCCUUGGAAGCAGGCAUUAUGUUGAACCAAUGUCAUAUGUUAAGAGGGAAUAUAUUUUCUUGGAAUGAACCAAGUAUCCAAAUGGUGUUUUUGGAAAGAAAAAAGAUGUGUGUGGAGCCAAUCGCAAAAGUAUUUUGUUGCUGGGUGGAUCAUGUUCUUCCCAAAAAUAAUUGCUACAAUCCAGCACAGAUGCACUUUGUGAUUCAUUGUGUGCCAUUUUGUAGCUAUAAAAGGACUUAUAAAUAGGAUUCGUAAAGUGGUAUUCAUAUCAUAUUAGUAAUAGUGCAUCAGUGAACCUACCCAUGAACUAAUCUUUGCAAUACUGUGGAUAACUUAAUAUCCAUGGGAAGUAUAUCAUGGGAAUGAUUUCUGAUGUACUUUGAAGGGCACAAUACAGUAAAGUUUGUCAUAACUAUCCAAUUCACAUAAAUGGGAAUUAAUUCAUUUUUCAUAUUUAUCAUAGGAAAAAUUUGGUUAAUGCUCUUCUUUAGGCCGCAGUGGAAUUCACUUGCCUAUAGUUGCUGUUUUUUUCCUUCUUUGAGAUGUACUUGGAGGGGGGAGGAAUGCCUGUCAACUCAUUGUUCAGGUUCAGACUUCAUAAAAUCUGGAUAAGAGCGGACUUUCCAUGUAUACAAAUGUAAGCAAGCACUCUGAUGGGGAGUUAAGGGAUGAAGCCAGGAAAUGCUGCCCUCUUCCUCCUUUGUGAAACUGGGCACAGGUAGCAAUGCUGUGGUCUAGAAUAUGGUGUUCUGCAAUAUUAGCCUACAGCUGAUGAAUCAGGAAGGUCACAUCCUGAUCUGAGAUGGAUUUCAAUGGUUAUGGCACUACGCUGCAGAUUUGUAUAUAUGUAAAAUAUGUACGUAAUUUCCAGUUGCAUGCGUGCUCUAAAGGUGUGUCUGGAUUGAAGGCUCAUUGUUCUAGAACCAGCUUGCUUCAACAGUGGGUAGAGAAUCACGAGUGGCAUGUUAAUUGCUGGGUGCGAUAUAGUGGCUCUAAAAUUUUAAUUGAGCUCGUAGUAACCAAUCCUGACAUUGGAGCUUCCCCUUCUACUUCCUCAGCAUUUUUGUAGCCCAUACAUAUUUUCCACUUUCCUUCUGCUAGCGGUGCACUCUUAUAAUCUGGAGUAUUAGACCAUUAAUCUGGAAUAUUAGAUCAAGUUGGUCUAAUGGUUAAGGUACUGGGCUAGAAACCAGGAGACUGAGUUCUAGUGCCGCCUUAGGCAUGAAAGCUGGCUGGGUGAAGGAAGGAGUAUUAGAUAUGUCCGCUGCCUUGAGGCAUUUAUAAAAAUAAUAAAGGUGGGAUAAAAAUUAAAUAAAUAAAAUACCCCAUUUCUGAUUAUUAGCUGGUACAUAAAACUGUGUAGUUUUCUUGCACUAAGGUAGCUUUAGAGAGAACGUUUAUAAAUCCACAGAUUUUAAUUUUGCACAAUUUUACUGGUGCAUUCUUCCUCAAAUAUUUUCACAUGAAUAAACCUCCCUGUUACGCAGAGAUCUUUCCCUCACUAGAGGUAAACUAGUAGAUGGAUUCACACAUUGCAUUAAAUUACUGUUUAUUUUAAAUAUAAUUGUUUAAACAUAAUAAGCUGAAGUUGGUCUUGUAGAUGAGCAAAGUUAUCAUGGCUUAUUCAGCUAAUUCUUGAUUUGUGUUUUCUUCAUUUUAAUGUUUCUAGCCCUAUUACUUUGUAAAUUGCUUAAAGGAUACACAAAUAAACCAGGGAUGAGCCAGGAAAUCACAAAUAAGCAAAGCAUGGUCAUUUAUGCAUCACAAUUCCUGGUUGCAACUAGUAAGUAAACAACCAUAUCAUAGCUUUAAUGCAAUGUGUGAGCUCAGCAGCUGUAUGCAAACCUACAUUAGAAUCUCAUGAUAAAUGUACAUGAAUAAAUACGGAUUGAAAUUUUGGUUUUUUUCCCUCCUGUUUUGUUCACAAUCUAAAGUGUGUGGCACUUAAUACUACGAAUACUCAGUUCUACUACUUGGCUGCAACUGGUAGGGCUAUGAUGAAAUAACUUUAUAUUGCAGGUGUAAUCAACGUUAAUGGAAGAAUACUUCAUUUUGAAACACUUUGAUAUGGUAGAUGCUGUAGUUUCCCAGUACAUUGCAAGUAGACUCUUAUUUUACAUCAAACACAACUCUAUUGAAGGUUCUGACAGCGUGAUUAUUAAUGCUGUAAAAAGGGAGUUGGAAGCUCUUAGGUGAAUUUAUUUUCUGUAAUUGCUACAUUCACAAUGAGCAUUUAUUAGUAAUACAUUGCUGGAGUAAUCUCAUGUAUAGCAUCUUCUUUUACGGUGAGUCCUAUCCAGUUCAGUGGGAUUUCUAGUGACCUCAUCCAUGCAGUUUUCUUGGCAGGAAUACCAAAGUGAUUUUCCAUUGCCAUCUUCUGGGAUACUAGUUCAACAUUCCAGUCUAGUCUGCAACCCCAGUAUUAGCUAGGACUGACCCUGCUUAGAUUUGGAGAUGAACAAAGAUUAGGGGUUAAGUUCUACAGUUCUCAUUGAGACUUCUGAGUGGAUAUGCAUUGCCCAUCCAUUGAGCAUAAGAUGGUUGAAGAUGCCAAUUAAAGUUCCUUUAGUCAUCAACCAUCUUUAUAACUAAUUUUAAUUAGGCUGCCGCUUCCCGUUGCAUAAUCACUAAAUCGCUGAUGUAGGUGGAGAACUGCAAUUAAACAUUUUUCUUGUUUAUCCAUAUAUGUUCUGACCUGCUUCCAGUUUUUGUUGCUGUUUGGCUUUCUGCGUGCAAGAAGAGUACAGUAACUCUAGUAUGUCUGAAAAAUAAAGUUUGUAGCGGUUUCCUCCUCCUUGCCCCCCUUCUCAAUUUCCUAAAUGGUUGCAUCCCAAUCUUCCCAGUAUAUUUCUACUUCCUCCUCAGGCAAACGGCUUUCUGGUGUGACUUGCUGGCUCAGUUUUUUCAGAAGAAAUGGAAACUCUGCAGAUGUUUCUGACCCCCCCCCCCCCAAAUCAGCCAUAACUUUAAUCCCACAUAUGUUACUGCGCUGAAUUCCUCCAGGGCCAAGUUUGGUGUUCAUUUCAGGAAACUAUUCAGAAUUUCCUGCCCAAAUUGUAUUGAAAUGAGGGAAGUUUGAAACAGGUUGUGGCCCUAAUCUCCAGCUGCUUACAUUUUUUUGUCUCUCCCGUCCUUUUUGGAACAUGAGAUUUUACAUCAACAGCUGAAGCUAUAAAAAUCCCCCACCUGCUUGUAUUCAGAUAAAUGUGUGUGAGGCUGUGUGUGUGUGUGUAUAUAUAUGUUUGUAUGUAUGUAAAAUAAUGCUUUUAGUAUGCUUUGUUGAAAGAAACACCUGUUUGCAUGUUUCAUGUUACCCUCCUAUGUUCAAAUUUGGUAUAAGUUGACUUUUUUUAGUCUAUAUUUAAUGCUGACGUUUCCUUGAUGUACAGUACAGAAACUGUUUUGUUUUCUUGUAAUUAUUGUAUAAAUGCUUUUAUUAUAGAGCUUUUAUUUUAACAAAUGAGCAGGAAUUGCCUUUUGUGUAUUUGCUGCACCUUUUUAAAAGACUGUUACAUAUUAAAAUAUUGUACAUACGAAUUAUAUACCUCUUAUGUAUAAAUGUGAUAGAUCAGACGAUUUAUUUUUGUGUUUUUUUUACAAACUAUUAAUACACUAAGAGUCUUGCUGAUGUGAUUUAAUGUACUUGUAACUUAUUUACUUCUGGAGGUUCCAUUAUAUCUUUUUAAACCUUUUUUUAAUUAAAUAAGGUUUAAAAGCAGCUUUUGUAAUAGUUUUUUUUUAAUUUAAUGUUUUGAAAUAAGGGUGUUUUUUUUCUUCCUUUCUUGACUGCCAUGGUGCAUUUCUGCCUGAUAUAAUUAAAUAAGAUCUGUGUGCUGCAAAA